AUGUCAGCAAAGACAUCAAAGGUCCUAUCAUGGUACCAAUCUACAGCUGAUAAACGGAUACUUCGCAGACACAAGAUUGGACCUCCUGAUGUGCACCCUCAAGAGCCUCGUCAGGAGGAAGACAAUCUUAGCAACGAACGCCUCCGCAAAGGAUAUCAGGUGGGCACGACACCAUUUGAACAUGAAUCGCUCGUGUUCAACAGCCGUUCAGCGAAACUUGACAGACUGGAUGAAGCUCAUGCGAAAUCUGCAGCGCUCCUGAAUUUGGUCCUUCAUCGCAAAGGCGAGAUCAAUGCCAAUCUAGAUAAAGAGAGGAGAAAGAACAGAGAAACUACUGGUGCACAAUUUGCAACUGCGAAAGCUAAGGAGCGUGCUGCAUGGUUUACGGACCUCGCGCGGGGAAAAGCUCUCUCCCAGCUUGCGAAGAAAGUUCCGACCAUCAAGCGGCGGGAAGAAGGAUUGGAAUAUCUAUGCGACUACAGAAUACCCUCCUUUCGGGCGUUAUGGUACCUCAAAGUUACUGCUGCUCUCACUGGAAGCCCUAGUACUGCAAAGCAAAAGAAGUCUAUCAGUGACCUUUUUUCUGCCGAGUACAAGGACAUUUUCGUUAAAGCAAUCAAAGAACUGACCAAUCGAAUGUGGGACGUGAACGAUCUGUCAGCUUGUCCUAUUUAUAAAGAACGCUGGCUUUAUAUAUCGAAUUUGAGCAAAUGCGCAUUUGAGGAUGGUGUGAUCGAAAGACAAGAUUUCCUCAAUGAAUUAUGCGACAUAUUUUCCGAUUACUUCGUGAGAAGGAUAAAAAACGAAGAAAAGUUACCGCAGCUGAGGGUGUAUCUGUUAUUCCUUACCCAGUUUUUGCGGCAUAUCAACAAUAAUCUCAUCCUUGCUCGACGACUAGCCCACAUGAUUGCUAUGAAGCUGCGAUUGUACAAAAUGGAGUACGACGAACAGAACAACACGGUUACCAAGGGAUCUGAAGCAUUCAAUGCGUUGAUCAAAUGCUCAGCUCUUCGUCCUGUCAUUCACGUUCUCACUGCGAUCUUGCAGAAUAUCGUUAUCGAUGCUCCAGCCGCUGUGAUCUGGAAUAAAUUCAAGGUUUCAACGACAGAUAAACUUCCUUUCAUUUUGUCUCAGCUGUGUGGAUCUCCUCUCGAUCUUCUUCCUUGUCCUGUGCACGAACUGCCUCUCCCACCUGGGAAAGAUAAGCACGACCCAGAAAUCUCACUUUUAGCAAAACUUGUGAAUGGCUGUCUUGAUGUGAUUGGUAUUUUGGACUCUACGGAUGUGCUUGAGCCGAAUAUCUUACCUGCCGUGACAACGCGAAUCUUUACUUUUAGAUCGGAUAAUUGGGCUGAGGAAGUGCUUAUCCGGAUUAAACUUAUGUUGCACUGGGCUGUUACAGCAGAACGUGAAGGUAGCCAUAGAGCAAUCAUUGUAACUAAGGUUAUCUAUCAGCAAGUGUUGAAUCAGCAAUCUUACAUGUUCGGCCCUUUUCACAUGCAGGAUAUUAUUUUGAACUAUUUCUAUACUGAAGCUCCUACACCCGGAUCGAAGUUCUAUCACCAAGAGUUUGCUUCUCUAGUCACACUAUUUAUUGAGCUUUCCCGAUUCAAAUUAUUUGUUCAUGACUGUUUUGUGAAAGAGCUCAUCAAAUCUGGGGAGCUUGACUAUCAACGCCCUAUAAUGGAUAAGUUCAAAUCUGAGAACAAGCCACCAGACCCGAUCACUUCCUCCCUCAUGUCUGCUCAGUUCGAAGACCUGACUCCCGAUGAACCACCAAAACCCACUAGUCUGAUCUCAUACAAACAAGAUGAUAAAGACGAACACAUUUACCUUAAUGAUGAAAUGUCAAUGAAUGAUCGCAUUCUCAUCCAGAUGCCGUUACGCCAAACAGAGGAACACCGUAGUGAAGCAAACCAGCGGGCGCUUGUUUUGUACGGGAUGGAUGAUGCGCGCGAGAACCAUAAGUCGGAGAUGAAAAAGAUCGCAAAGGAAAUAUGCAAGAUCUGGCAAAAGAAGAUCCAUGUGCAAUUUUAUGAAGGAAAUGAAGCUCCAAUGUGGAAACAAUCUAUUAACUCACAGAGAAUUGUGGAAAUUCUUGCGAGGUUCCGAAGUCAAACGUAUUACGACCAAAUGAUGAUUUGUGGAUGGUGUGCAGAAUCUUUUUCGGACAUGAUCCGCGACUUCAUAUUGGGUCAUUCUCUACAAAUGCCUACAUCUGAGGCGUUAGAUAUCAUCUGCGGGAUGUUCGAAUCAGCUCAAUAUAUUUACGGGAUAUUUGAAUUGUGUGAAGCGGUGACUCCGUUGUUGCCAUGUGCUGAGAAGGUAAUUCGUUCUUUGGCUGCUGAUGUGAUACCCGGCAGCAUGUCGGGUCAGCUGGGAUACGUUUUCGUUGCUUACAUUUGCAAGCAUUGGCAUUAUUUCUUGCACUCGGAUCUGGCUCCAACGAUAACCAAUCAGUAUGUUUCUUUCUUUUCAGGACAAACAUUGAGAGCGGCUCGUAUACCUUUUUGUGACACUUCUUAUUAUAGGUUGUAUGAACUGAUUGAGCGAAUGAUUCGGGCUCACGAAUAUCCUAUGACUGGUUGGGGCCGAACAAUUGCAGCUUUUGUUUAUCAUUCGAAAAGCCAGCUAAAGAAGAGUCAAGUGAGUACCAUCCUAUUGUGCAGUCUUUGGCAUACUUAUGCUGAAAAUUUCCAGCUUUCCGAUAUCAAGCUUCACGGUGCUCGUGAUGAUUUUCGCCAUGUUUUCAAUCAUGGGAGUUCUUCAUACAAUGGAGGAAGCAGAUAUAAUGAAUUGUUUUUCAAAGAUGUUUUUGAAAAGAAGUUACGUUUUUUCUCAUAUCAUGAGUACAAAAAGAGGCUUCCGUCGUUUGGGCAACUUUACAAUCGCUACUCUUUUGUUAUAAAUUCCUUCAUUGCCGCUAAGAACUUUAUGCGUGAUCAUGAUCGACUUUCUGAUCUGGCUACCUUCUGUGGUCACAUCUCCACGCAGAUACCUGCACUCGCAGACGAAUGGGUGGCGGCCAUCAAGGCUUUGUGCUGCACGAGUAUGAGUCAACAUACGGGUUAUGGUAAACUUCUUGAGUACAUUGAUGUUAAUGACUGCUCGACGCAUUAUCCCAUUGCUACAUUCGUUAUGUUAUUAGCGGGUAAAUACGCUUUCAGCGUUCCUAGACUAAUUGCUGAGCUUUUGAACAACGCAUUUCCCAUCAUUAUGAAAAGAGAACAGAGCUCGUUUGUUAGCGGCAGAUACAAUGGUAAAUUUUAUUCACCAGGCGCUUUUCAAUAUGUUAGGACAUAUAUGUUUUUAGUUAUUGGCAGAAGCGACUAUGACUGUGAACCUGGGGUAUGCCUGACGCUUCUAAUUCUCGCACAGAUCAGUUGCGCAACAGAUGAGCCUUUUCAUAUGUCUGAGCACUAUGUAGGCGGAACCCCAAAAGUCAAGCUGUUGGGCAAGUGUGAGAUGGAUAAUGUAUUGUUUCCCAUGCUCAGCAAUAUCUGUAUUCUAAUGGACACAUUGCGAGCGAGAUUCAAGGACUUAGACUUUGAACCCAGCCGGAUUGUGGACUCGACCAGCUAUCGGCGUGAGUAUUUGAUGAUAAUGCUGAAAGCUGUACAGCUCAUUAUCUGUGAGGAGGAUUGGGUCACGAUGAAGAUGUUUAAAAUAGUUGAAACAAAUCGUAUGGAAGCGUUCAAUCAUGACCGCUUAAAGCAGAAUUGUCUCGGUCAACAAUUAUUGCGACUUGGUAUUCGUCGACGAAGCGAACGCGAAGUUGUUAGGGAAUUGUCUGUGUGUAAUGGGAACUCGAAAAAGGCACUAAUUGAUAAGCUGUUAGCAGUUAUGAAUAUGUGGAAUAUGAGAGCGACUUUAUUUGACCUUAUGCUUAUGAUCAAGGAGAUUUCUCCUGAGGGUGCACAGAAGCAUGCUCAACAGAGUGCAAUAGCGGCUGAUGCUCUUAUGGGAGAAAUUGGAAAGUGUUGUCGUGAUUUGUUUACCAAUGCCCAUAAAGAAGGCUUACAACUUUCUUCUGCCAUCGUUAGUGUUAGUUGUUGUGAUAAUAAGAUAACUGUAGCUUGGUCGCGACUUCCGUUUUCGUCAUGUUACUAA